AUGAAUCUAAACAUUUCUAUUAUUCUUUUUCUUCAACUCUUCUUCGGAAACACUUUUUGCCUGCUUCCUGGUGCUGAACCAGAUGAAGGAGACGUUCGUCAUCUGUAUCCGCCUGUCUAUAUUGGUGUGGGGCUGGGAGAGCAUGCACAUGCGAUUCCGUACCUGUUGGGGUGGCUAGAGAAUUUGGAUUACCCGAAGGAUCGAAUUAGGUUGGAAUUGUUUAUUCUGAAUAAAGAAGAUGCAACUAUUCAUCAAGUCAAAUGGUGGAUCGACUCUACAAAGCAAUAUUUCAAAUCCGUAAAAGUCACUGAAGACUCUGAAAACUGGAUGGAAUCUGCACUUCGUAAUGGACGUCUUCAGAAAUCUGAACGCUGUCUUUUGUUUCCGGGGAUACUGUACCUACUGAACCAUGUGGUGGUGUCUCCUCUUUUCCGAUCAAUCGAUGAUUCGUUCAAUAUUGAAGAUCCGUCUGAAAGUCUUCUGGAACGAAAAAAUGUGCGAGAAGAAAUUGUAUCAUUUGCUCUUCCAAUUGCUAUCAAUCUAGUUUCGAUGGAUUCUUCUUAUUUGACAUUUGAUAAAAACAAUCUACCGUAUUACAAGGGAGCAGAUGAUCCAACUGAAGUUUUUGUAACUUCUGCCAAGACUAUGGGCAUUUCUUUAUGGGCUGAUAAUCAGGUCAAUUAUGGAAUUUUUGUGAAUCCGGAACUGGAUAUUGAUGACAGAAGGAACACCAUACGGUACCAUAUUGCUGAUAUGAUAGCAGACGAAAAACCACUUCCGUUUGUGUCCAGAAGUGUGAGACCAUGGCAACCAGAAGCCACUAAACAAGGAGUUGAUAAAAUCUAUCUGAUCAAUUUGAAACGAAGAUCGGAACGUUUGGAUCGGAUGCAAAAGAUUUUCGAUCUCCUAGGAAUUGAAUAUUCGUUGUUAGAAGCAACGGAUGGACAAAAACUGGACCAACUUCCUGAAGAUUUGAAAAACUAUCACAUUUUGGACAAAUAUUUAGAUCCAAUCACAAAGAGACCAAUGAAAAAUGGAGAGAUUGGAUGCUUCUUGAGUCAUUAUAGAAUUUGGCAAGAUGUGGUCAAAAACAAAUACGAAAAGGUGAUCGUAUUCGAAGAUGAUCUUCGAUUUUCACACGAUGGAUUGACCAGAGUCCGAGAAGUUUUACAAGAUCUCGGUGCUUCUGGAAAGGAAUGGGAUUUGAUUUAUUUGGGAAGAAAGAAACAAUCAGAUAGCGAGGAAUUGUGGAUUUCCUAUCACCGACAUUUGUCAUCUGUGGAGUAUUCUUAUUGGACUCUUGGAUACAUGUUGUCUCUCCGUGGUGCUGAAAAACUAUUGGCUGCAGAGCCAUUGAACAAAAUGGUUCCAGUGGAUGAAUAUCUUCCGAUUAUGUUUGAUAAACACCCAAAUAAGGAUUGGUCGUCUCAAUUCGAACAUCGAAAUCUCAACGCCUUCACUCUGUAUCCAUUGGUAGUCUUUCCUCAAAGAUACACCAAUCAACCAGGAUACAUUUCGGAUACUGAAGACUCCGUUAUAGUGACAAUAAAACCUAUAAAUACUGAAUUAUAG